CGUAAGUGAAAUCGUCAUGUUCCUCAACAUCGAGUUCCUAAGAGUAUGUUUUUUGUGUUUUUUGUCAGUAAUUUACCUGGUACAAAGAUAAUUCUAUCUAAAAAGUGAUUUAUAAAUGAAAAUUACGUAACUCUGACCGAAACCAAUUUAAACAUUUACACAUUUAUCCCAAAUUGAUAAAUGUUAUUCUAAAUGAGUCUGAAUAACUCUAGACCUGGAAUUAACACCCAAACUCAUCAUAUCUCACAAGGAAGGAGUGUAAGGGUAAGUGAGCCAAGUGAGCGAGUAACAAAUAGAAGAAUGGCAACUCAAGUUAUUGAAAUGAACAGUCGAGGUUAUCCCACGGAUAGGGUUAAUUUUGAAUCAGGAGAGACUACUCAUACCUCAGUGGAACCAGUUGAUCUUAACAGUAACCGAACAACCUUAUCGCCCAGAAGUUAUGACCCUGAAAAUAACUCAGUGACUGUUAGGGAGUCAGACUUCAUCCAGCAGCUCAAUUUACACCGUAUGACCCAAUUACAAGCCGGAAACAGAGUUCAAAACUCUAGAGUUUGGAGUAAACUUGGGAUAAAACACCCUAGAGUCUAUGGAAAACUUUUCAGAAUCUUGGCCUUACUUCUGUUGUUUAUACUCAUAGGAACUGCCACUUACUGGCUACUCGUUUUGGUGGUGGAGUUAACUGAUAAAAAACUAUCACCCAGUUUGAUUACUUCUAACAAAAAAUCUAAAAAUUACGGAGGAAAUAAUGGCUUAACAGGAGUGAAUAAUCAGACUGAGUUGAAUGCCGUGGAAUUAAUGAAUGUGAUUGAGGAGCUUAGGAAAGAAAUCCAAAAGUUGAAGGAGGUGUCGUAUAAGAAUUCUCUGGCCAUAAACGGUUUAUCCAAUGGUGAGUACAAGGUGCCGGGAUCUGAGGAGAGCCUUGAGUCAGCAAAACGUACCAAGUUCGGAAAGGGAUCAGCCGCCGUUAACAUGAACUCUUAUGGACACAGGCAAGAUAUGAAGUUUGCCAAGAAAAGGGAUGAAGACUCUGAAUUCGUACCAGACAUUAUAGAAUACCAGGCAAACAUAUCACAACAAUCUUGAAAUCUAU